UCUCAACACACCUGGCUGUAAUUUAUUUCACGUUAAUUAAUAAUUCGCUAGCUUGUUUUUUCUUCCAAAAAAUGGCGACCAAUUUAAACUAUAUACGAGUCGUCUCCUCGUUAUUGGUUUUGUUGUCUGUGCGCGGCUUUUCUUUCGCUGAAAAAAGUCUCGGACUUGAAAUAAAAUGCGGAGAAGUCCGCGUGAGAAUCACCGUAAAGCGACAGUUUUUCGAGGAGAACCGUAUUCCGUUCCGACCGGAAUAUCUUCGACUUGGACCAAACUCAACACAGCAGAGGUCAUGCGGACCAGAGACACCAAUGUCUCAAUCUGAAAUGGUCCUCUCUGCAGGACUACAAGAAUGUGGGUCUGAGUCCAGAGUUCAUGGUGAGUGGCUUGUGUAUUCCAACCGGCUGGUACUGUUUCCGGCUGCAGUUCCCACCUCUGCAGGCAGUGUGAUAGUUAGAGGGGCAACUACUGUCAUACCUGUUGAGUGCCAUUAUAAGAGGAAGCAGACAGUGAAUGGAGAACCAUUAACCCCAACCUGGUUACCCAUGACAUCCACUGUUGGUGUCAUUGGCCUUCUGCACUUCUCCCUCCGUACCAUGACAGAUGGCUGUACGUCUCUACGUAGUUCCUCAGUGUAUCAGCAGGGGGAAGCAGUGUUUUUGGAGGCCAGUGUGGAGGCCCCUCUGCACCCUCCUCUUACUCUAUAUGUCGACUACUGUGUGGCUACCCUGAAGCCCGAUCCUCUCUCCUUGCCAAGCUACAGGUUUAUCACUAAACAUGGGUGUCUUUUGGACAGUGUAGUGCCAGGGUCUUCAUCUAAAUUCCUCCCCAGGGAGCGAGAUAGCAGAUUAUGCUUCAGUGUGCAAGCCUUCCACUUCAACCAGGAGUCCUCUGAACAGAUGUUCAUCAGCUGCCACCUUAGGGCCACUCUGAAACAGAGUUCACAUAGCCACCUUAAUAAAGCCUGCUUCUUCCACAGGCCCACAUUCAGCUGGCAUGCCACAGAGGGAGACACUGCUCUGUGCGAGUGCUGUGACUCAGAUGACUGCCAUACACAGACUGAAGAGGAGACCAGUGACCACACAGGACACACACAUCAACCAGAUGCAGAAAAGAAGCAUGAGGCGGACACAACCGUUGGGCCACUUCACACGCUGCCACGCUCCCAUUGGACAGGCCGUCUGUCAGUCAAUUACUAAAGAGCCUUUGUCUUUACAGUUAGGUGGUUACAGGGACUGUCGAGACCAAAACCAGUUGUUUGACAAUAAAGCAUUCAUCACAUGUUGUUUUCUCUCAUGACUCAUCAUUAAAGUUGAAAUUUGAAUUGUAAAAAUAUAUAGUUAAAAACCAUGGAUAGCCAUGAACGCUGUAGCAAUGGCUACUGGCUACUUAUUUAUACUUUGAGGCACCUAUAAAACCAGUUUAAAGCUCCCACCUGUCAGACAUUUAUUUUUCUCUGUGGCAAUAUGUGUUCUUCAUCUCAGACUGUGUCAGUUAAAUGAUACUACCUAAAUAUGUUUCUGUAAAUGUUUGUAAUUACAACUACAAUAACACGCUGCAAACUGUCUGAACUCUCUCUGUAGUAUAACACUUCCAUGCUGUGUGCCAGUAUAGUGAGUCAGUGCUGUUCCUGUUUUGACUGAGGAUGCUCCUAAACCAGAACGGGUCGGUCAGUCGGUCAUGCAUACUUGUAGGA